CCAAUGUCUUCUUUGAGAAUUUGGAAUCUCCUUUUCUUGAUACUCCUGGUCUUGCAGACACUUCCGGUCAAGAACGCGCAGAACCAGGCUUCAAGAGCUCUAAUAGCUGCUGCUGGACUAUCUCUGAUCACGUCUAAUUACGCUGGAGUCACGGAAUGGAGUGUUCCACAGUUGGUAUCGAUUGCACUCGUCACCGCCAUCUUACUCCGGCGGAAGUCCUUUUACUGUGACGACUACCCGACCUUCACCUACGACACAACUUAUGAUAUCUGCUAUAGGACGUACGUGGAACCGGAAGUUAACGUUCUGGGCGCUGACGCUGUGUGUAAGGCUCACGGGGCACAGCUGAUACGCAUCAACAGCCCUGCCAUAUACGACUUUGUCGUAAAACAGAUAAAAGAGAAGAGCAUCUUCAGCACGUAUUUCCAGGGAAAGAGAGCCAGUUCCUCGGCCCCUUUCUUGUACGAUGAUGGUAGCCCCGUUACGUAUUUCAACUGGGAUACUGGGGAGCCGGGAUCUGACCUAUACCUCAGGACGGACACCACCACCAAUCUGAUGGAAACCUCCAGUGGGAACGGGGAUCAAUCCUUCAUAUGCGCCGUUUACCCUUAGCUAUGAUGAUGUAGUAAAUACGAUUCAUUUUAGAGUUUAAUAAAGCAAUCUAUUUCAUACGAGCCGUA